GCGGUGCGCAUGUGCAAGGGCCAGUGCACUGCGCAUGCGGGAAGAUGGCCGGCCCGGGAACCUGAGCUCCUCCGCGGUCACCCUGGUCCCCUCCGCGCCUAAGCGCAUCGGUGGGCGAGUGGGACCGCGGCACUCCGUGGGUGGAGCCGAGGUACUCCGUGGGUGGAGCGGGCGGCCGGGCGCGGCGCCCAAAGGGGCCGCAGAGCCGGAAUCGCGCGCGCCGAGCCGCCCGGGAAGGCGGGAGGGCGCGAGGGGCGCGAGGGGCGCGGGGCAGCAUGAGUCAGCAGCGACCGGCGCGGAGACUGCCCAGCCUGCUGGUGGACCCGGCGCAGGAGACGGUGCGUCGCCGGUGCCGGGACCCCAUCAACGUGGAGAGCCUACUGCCGUCAAAAAUAACGAUUAACCUAGAGGAAAACGUGCAGUAUGUGUCCAUGCGAAAGGCUCUGAAAGUGAAAAGGCCCCGUUUUGAUGUGUCACUGGUGUACUUGACUCGCAAGUUCAUGGAUCUCGUCAGAUCUGCCCCCGGGGGCAUUCUUGACUUAAACAAGGUUGCCACAAAAUUGGGAGUCCGAAAACGGCGCGUCUAUGACAUCACCAACGUCCUGGAUGGAAUCGAGCUGGUGGAAAAGAAGUCCAAGAACCACAUUCGGUGGAUAGGAUCCGACCUGAAGAACUUCGGAGCCGCACCCCAGCAGAAGAAGCUCCAGGCCGAGCUCUCGGACCUGUCGGCCAUGGAAGACGCCUUGGACGAGUUGAUUAAAGAUUGCGCUCAGCAGCUGUUGGAGUUAACCGACGACAAAGAAAACGAAAGACUAGCGUAUGUCACCUAUCAGGACAUCCACAGCAUCCAAGCCUUCCACGAACAGAUUGUCAUUGCAGUGAAGGCUCCGGAGGAAACCCGACUGGACGUUCCGGCUCCCAGAGAAAAGACAGGCCUCCUCAGUGAAAGCCGCUCGGAGUGGGUGACCGAUAGCAGUGCACAGUGAUGAAGGGCCUCCUGCGUGGACGGAUUAUGUCCUGGUUUGAUCCUCAGCAAUAAGUCUUCAUGGAGCGCGCUGGGUCUCCCAUUCUAGAUUCAUAGCAGCGUUGAAGGCUAGUAGUGUUCUUGAGUAGCUUCCUGCUUAGGUUCCUGGAUGGUUUCCACGUUCAGAAUUAGCUUUUGAUAACUCUUCACUGCCUCUUGUCAGUGAGACGGACCUCUGCCUCCUGAAAUCAUUUUAUCACAAAGAGUGUCACAAGGACAGACAGACGACCAGCUGGUUGUGGACUCUGCCCUUCCCUGAUGGACGUUGUCAGCUUCUGAGAAGAAUUGCCUUACACUGGCUCACAUUCGCCCUUAGGUGUCGUGCACUGGUGAGGUGCACACACAGGGCCAAAUGUGGCGCCUUUGUACAUAUCUGUAUCAUGUUGAGAUUGCUUAUGAAAUAUGUCUGAUGACACCUCUAACCUAGAACAACCAAAAUAAUGUAUAUAGGG